CCUGGUGAACCUCCUUUGAUAAAAGGCUGGCUUCCUUAUUUUGGAGUGACCAUGAACUUCCAAAAAGAUCCUUUAGGUUUCAUAAGAACUCUGCAAAAGCAAUAUGGUGACAUAUUCACUGUUCUUCUUGGGGGCAAGUACAUAACAUUUAUUCUAGAUCCAUUCCAGUACCAGUUACUGCAUAAAUAUCACAAAAAAUUAAGCUUUCAAAAGCUUUCUCAAAAAAUAGCAGUGCAAGUAUUCUCCAUCAAGAUUUUGGAAAACUAUGAGGACCUGAAUGAUGAACUUCAUGGUGUCUAUCAAUUUAUACAAGGCAAAUCAUUGGACCUAGUGCUGGAAAACAUGUUGCAACAUGUAAACCAAAUGUUUGAGUCCCAGCUAUUGAAAACCACAAGUUGGAACACAACACAAAUGUUAACAUUUUGCUGCUCGAUAGUAUUUGAAAUCACAUUUACAACAAUAUAUGGAAAAGUGCCUACUGAUGACAGAAAAAACUUUAUCAAUGAGCUAAGAGAUAAUAUGUUAAAAUUUGAUGACAAAUUCCCAUAUUUGUUGUCUGACAUACCCAUUGAGCUUCUACAAAAUGUCAGAUCUCUACGGGAGAAGCUUAUAAAAUGCAUGAUGCUAGAUGAAUUAGCUAAGGUAUCAGGAAGCUCGGAAAUUGUUCAGAAAAGGCAAGAUAUUCUGGAGAAAUAUUAUGGACUCAAGGACCUUAAUAUAGGAGCACAUCAUUUUGCCCUUCUCUGGGCCUCUAUCGCAAACAGUAUUCCAGUUAUGUUCUGGGCAAUGUAUUAUGUUCUCCGGCACCCAGAAGCUAUGGAAGCACUGCAUGACGAAAUUGACCAUUUGCUGCAGUCAACAGGUCAAAAGAAAGGGUCUGGAUUUUUCAUCCACCUCACCAGAGAACAAUUGGACAGCCUGGUCUGCCUAGAAAGCGUCAUUUUAGAGACUCUUCGGCUGUGCUCAUAUUCAAGUGCUAUUCGUUUUGUUGAAGAAGACUUUGUUCUGAGUUCUGAAACUGGUGACUGCUGUUUACGAAAGGGAGACAUGGUAGCCAUCUUUCCUCCAGCCAUACACAGUGACCCUGAAGUCUUUGAAGCUCCAGAGGAGUUUAGAUUUGAUCGUUUUAUGGAAGAUAGUAAGAAGAAAACUUCUUUUUACAAAAGAGGAAAAAAGCUGAAAUUUUAUUUAAUACCUUUUGGAAUUGGAGCGACCAAAUGUCCAGGCCGAUUUUUGGCAAUUAUGGAAAUUAAGCUAUUGUUGCUUGUAUUAUUAACAUAUUUUGACUUACAAAUAAUUGAAAACAAGUCUGUAAAACUAAAUUACACUCGAUUGUUUUUUGGCAUUCAACAUCCAAACUCUGAUAUUUUAUUUAGGUACAAAGCAAAAUUUUAGAGAAGUUAAGUGAGAAGAGAAGAAAUCAAUCAAAAUGAAUCUAAAUAUUUUAAACUCUUCUAUUAGUUUUCUUUUUAAUGUCUGUAAAUGUGAUUGCUAUGUUCUUUUGUUUAAAGAGUUACAGUUGAAAUUUUAUCUAAGAUAAGGUUCAGCAUAUACUUGGUCACAAAGCCUAUCAUAAAGUAAAACAGGAUAGUGGCAUAAAAAUAGACAUCAAAUCAACUUCAUGAUGAUAAAUUCAAAAAGCUUUUGGGGGAUUUUUACUUAUUGUCAUUUCACCUGUUAUAAUAAAUGUACCUUCACAGCAAAAAUAAAAAUUGAUACUGUGGGAUUUUUAACAGUCACUCAAAUUCUUCACUCAUAUAUAUAUAAGUAUACAUAUACAUUUUUAUGUACUUUUGGAAAAUUGUGUUGGAAAUAGACAGAUUCUAAUAAAUUCCAAAUUCUCAGAGAAGGAAAUUAAAUUUCCAUGAAGUACACUGGAUGAAAAUGUUCCCUUAAAGUGUAAUAUCAAUAAUGUCAGUAUUGCCAAAGUAUGUUUGCAUUAAAUGAAUUUUGCAGUAGAUUGAACACUUCGAGUUCACUUCAAUAUUUAAUCACCCAUACAUGCUCUGUAUUUCUUUGUAAAUUUUGGUUAAAUAGAAUGAACUUCUAUUAUAUAACACCUCUCAUGUUCAAGUUAUAUAUUGAUGAGAUUUAAUGUAUAAAAAAGCACAAAACCUAUUCUAUAUUCCUCCAUUGCUCUUGAUAUUAGUAUUAGGUUAAUUACAGGAACAAAUGUUGAAACCAUUGGUUAUAGCAUUUGCCUUUGGUAUAAAGUGUAAGGGUUAUGCCAAUACUGUCAUUAACACUUUUCUAAAUUCCCUUCCAUUUAUAUAAAUCUUAAACACCUGGAUAACAGUAUUUGUUCUAGAAAUUGCACUAUUUGAACUUUAAUUUAUGUGUAUAUUAUUUUUCAGUUAUCCCACUGUAUAAUGAAAUUUCUUCUGUCAGUUUACCAAGGAUUCACUUUUAAUAUGUGUUGUCAUAAUACAUAAAUAGGCAAGGUGAGUAAUUAAGCCCAGUUGAUUUGCUAGUUUUUUUUUUAAA